AUGGACUCCCCGCCGGAACACCCGCUUUUGGAAAUACGACAAGAGAGCAUCGACUACAUACGAAAGGUACACAACCUGGAUAAGCCAGGACGAAUGAAGGAGGCCGUCAAUAUCUUAGACGAAUGGGCUAAGAAACAAACACAUUUUACUAAGAAGGAUUUCAAUCCAAAAUAUUUAGAAACAACAAUCAUAGCAUGCAAGGGGUCCUUGGAACGAGCGAAGGUACAACUUGACAAGAUCUGUACAUACAGGACACUCUUACCGGCUUUCUUUGGAAAAUUCGACGUGAAGAAAGACGUUGGCAAUUUAUAUGACAUAAUACUGCCCGUUAUGUUACCAAAACUUACGGCAGACCACUAUCGAGUUUACCUGGUGAAGUUGUUUGACAAGACUCUUGACCCCUCACAGUUAAUGGAUUAUUUGAAAUUUGGUGUCGUCGUAGGUGAAUAUUUAAAACUUCACGAUUACAUAAACGGCUUCUUAGUGCUCGUCGAUUUUAGAGAAAUAAAUAUCAUGGAUCUGGUCACGAAAAUAAAUCCAGUUCAACUCCAACAAGGCUUAGCCAUAUAUAUUGAAGCCUUUGGCAUGAGAUUAAAGGGCAUACACAUUUUGACACCUUCAAAGUUUGUCGACGCCUUUAUCACAAUCUUAAAGCAAGUCCUAAGUGAAAAAAUCUCAAAGCGAAUUUACGUACAUAAAACUAUUGAUACGAUUUACGAUUGUAUACCGAAAGAAAUUUUACCCAUUGAAUAUGGGGGGAAAGAGAGAAGUUUAAAAAACCUUCAUGAAAUGUGGCUUGAACUUCUCUCGUCUAAGGAGCAUCUAGACUUCUUAGAAGAGGUACGUGAUGUGAAAACUGAUGAGUCGUGCAGACAAGCGGAUGAUUUUAACGGACAAUACGCCGGUAUGCCGGCCCAGGUUCGGGGAUAUACUCGCUACCCCAAGUACGUGCGCGAAGAUGAGGAUCUUGAUCACCUGCAGCCCCAA